AUGCCCAGAAGUCUCUCGCCACAGUUUAAGCCUUUGUCCAGCUGUGCGGAAUCAACCCCAACCGAAGCCACCCCGCUAGUGUCUCAACUCAACCGGACCCAACCCAACCCCUCCCGCCCACUGCCUGCCACCAAUCCCCACUUCCCGCAGCUCUUCGCGUGCCACGCCUCUGCCACCCUUUCCGCAAUAGCGUCCCCGUAUUCCGCACCCGUUCUGCAAGAGCCUCCGCCCAUGGCGGAGGCAGCGGCUCCCAAGUCAUACAGCCUAGAUGCUGUCAAGAAGCCCUUGAAGAGGGCGCGUGUGAAUCGUCCCUCGAAGCUGCGUGCGAGCAUCACCCCAGGCACAGUGCUGAUCAUCCUCGCUGGCCGCGACAAGGGCAGGCGCGUCGUCUUCCUCAAGCAGCUCGAGUCCGGCCUCCUCCUCGUCACCGGUCCCUUCAAGGUGAACAGGAUUCCCCUGAGGAGAGUCAACCAGCGCUACGUCAUCGCCACGUCGACCAAGGUGGACGUGAGCGGCGUUGACGUGGCCAAGUUCGACGACGGCUACUUUGCGGGCGAGCAGAAGAAGAAGGAGAAGAAGAGCGAGGGCGAGUUCUUCGAGACCGAGAAGAAGGAGAAGAAGGUGGUGUCGCAGGCGAGGAAGGAUGACCAGGCGGCGGUGGACGAGAAGAUCCUGGCGGCCGUAGGCAGCGAGCCGCUGCUCAAGGAGUACCUCGCUGCUCGCUUCUCACUCACGUCGGGAGACAAGCCCCACCGCAUGCAGUUCUAG